AUGGGAAUGGGUUGGACAUGGGACGAAGAUGAGCUGCUUCGACGCCUGGUGAAAGAACUUGGAGAGAAACAGUGGAGCGUCGUUAGCCAACGCAUGACGUUGGAGUCGUCGGCCGGUCACUCGCGCAAUCGAAAGCAGUGCCGAGAGAGGUAUAUGAAUCAUUUGCAUCCAAGUCUUUCACGGAAAACAUGGACGGCGGCUGAAAACAUAACGCUGCGAAAAGCUUAUGAGCGAUAUCACACCAAGGACGACAUGACGCCGUGGGCAAAGAUUGCAUCGGAACUGCCAGGCCGCAGCGCGGUGCAAGUAAAAACCCAAUGGCGGCGACUCCUGCGCCAGCAGAUGCAGCCGUUCAUGCCGGCAUCGUCACAGCCGUCACCAUGGACACGCGACGACGACAAGAAACUCAUGGAACUGUGUUUGUCGACGAGGACACAACCGUCAUGGCUUUGGAUCGCAUCGCAUUUUCCCGCGCGCACCGACUUGCAAUGCCGGCAACAUUGGACGCACGUGCUCGAUCCUGCGUUGAAGAAGGGAAAAGGCUCAUGGACCGCUGAGGACGAUACGUUGCUUGGGACGUUGGUCGAGCGGCUGGGGCCAUGCUGGACUCAAAUAGCCCAGCACUUUGAAGGUCGCAUUGGAAAGCAAUGCCGGGAGCGUUUUCAGAACCACGUUGAUCCAAGCUUGAAUCAUGCGCCGUGGACGUCGGACGAAGACAAAAUUCUGCUCGACGCCCAGCAAUCGCAGCAACACCGAAACAAGUGGACGUGGUUGGCGUCGCAGCUCCCAGGUAGUGGCGUCUCGCGGCAAUCGGUCGAUCGACCAACAUGA